AUGGGUGCUUCAAACCCUGCCCUGUCGGCCCUUUCGGGGCCAACAUAUGUCACUGCCCAGGACUUGAUCCAACAAGUUGCCUACUUGUUGAGUGACAAGAUCUUCUCCUACUCCCCCGAGUCCUUCGACCUCGAUGCCGCGCUCCGCCAAUGGUCUGAGGCCCAAGAAAUCAACGCCAAUGGGGAAUCACCUGUUGUCAAGGCCAUGGAGACCCGUCAGGGUGCCGGCAACAUGGCUCUGGGUUACCUUUUCUCCCAGGACUUCGACUUGAAGAAGCGCCAUGUUCCUCAGGGAAUCGUUGCCUCUUCAGCCACCCUCCCUUAUAUGCGCUCUGCCCUUGAGCAACUCUCUUUGUUGUACUCUGUGGCGAGCCCGGUGGCGGCUCACGUUGCCGCCGUCGACUAUGCCGGUGAAGACGGACUUGUGUCCGACUAUGCCUCCGCCCUUUCUCUGGCUGAGGACCUCGGUUUCGGUCUUGUCUCCAGUGGCUCUGCCCACGAGUCUCAGCACAUGGCUUUGUUCACCACACUUUUGGCAUCUAUCCUGCCGUCCAUCCAUAUCUAUGAUGGUGUCCGUGUCGGCCGUGAGAACACCCGUGUCAUUGAUGUACUUGACAAGGCUGGCCUUGCUCGUACCUAUGAGACAGUUCGCAAGACUCUGGAUGACUCCCGCAACCGUCACCUUGAUUCGCAAGGCAAGGCCUUGGAUCUUCUCAAGACCCUGAAUGGCGAGCUUGGCACCGACUACGGUGCUUUCGAGUACCACGGCCAUGCCGAGCCUACUUCCGUUCUUGUUGUCUUUGGUACUGUUGAGGCUACUCUUACCGCCCAGGUCGCUCGCUCGCUGGCCAAGAGCGGUGUUCAGAUCGGUGUUGUCAAUGUUCGUGUUUACCGCCCAUUCGUCGAGGAAGAGUUCCUGCGCGUGCUGCCCCAGUCUACCAAGACUGUCGGUGUUCUUGGCCAGGUCGUAGAUGAGCAGGCAGUCCAAGAGGAAGCCGUUCACUCUGCCCUUUACGAGGAUGUGCUGGCUUCUUUGGCCUUUGCCACCGGCCGUGAACAUGCUCCCUCUGUUGUUGAGAUCAAGUACCCUCGCUCUCAGUCUUGGGACCAAAUUACCACUGCUGCCGCUUUCCAGCGCAUCUUCGACAAGCCCAUUCUGCCCAUCGACAAUGCAAUCAACGCGACCAGCCCCCUGCAGCUGCUCGACUCCGCCAAUGUCCAGGAAUACACCUUCUGGGAUGUUGACAACUCUGUCUCUGAAAACGCUACCCGCGCUCUGAGCCAAGCUCUCGCUGCUGACUCUGCCAGCAAUGUUACCACUAGCAAGACUCUUGACAACCUGGUCCAAGGUGGUGCCAUCCGUGUCGAUAUCCGCAAGAGCGCCAAGAUUGUCGACGCUCCUUACUCGAUCACCACUGCUGACGUUUCCUACGUUGGAAAGAUUGCUCUGCUCAGUGACGUUGAUGUGCUUGCGUCCGUCAAGGACAAUGGCAAGGUCAUUGUGAGCGCUCCUGGCGUGUCCAACGAGGAUCUCGAGAAGAAGCUGCCCGCUACCUUCAGACAAACCAUCGCCCAGCGUGGAAUCUCACUCUUCGUUAUUGAUUCCUCCGCCAGCGAGGAUGCCUCUCUGAACGAGCCAAUUCUGCAGGCUGCUUUCCUUCGUGUGGCUCUGCCUUCCCAGGAGGGCUUGGCUGUGCAGAAGCUGUCCUCCGUCACAGGAAAUGCCGAGGCCCUUGAGACUGUCUCCAAGGACCUUGACAAGCUUCUUCGUCAGAUCGAAGUUCCUGAGUCUUGGAAGGAACCCGAAGGUGUCAGCGAGGCGACCCAGCUUCCCAAGGACAUCUCCGUCAACAGCUUCUCGCCAUUCUACAAGGAGGAGACCGAGGAGCCCACUCUCCUUCGAGGCUGGGAGACUGCCGCUACUGGUCUGGCAUUCAAGGAGGCUUUCGGCACCCACAACGCCCUCCGUCCCGAUUUGGCAACCAAGACCUUCACCGUCCAUGUCAAGGAGAACCGCCGUCUUACUCCUGUUACUUAUGAUCGUAACAUCUUCCACAUUGAAUUCGAUCUGGGCGAGACUGGCCUCACUUACGACAUUGGCGAGGCCCUUGGUGUCCACGCCGAGAAUGACCCUGCCGACGUCUCUGAAUUCAUCGCCUUCUACGGACUUGAUGCCGAUGCUGUCGUCGAGGUCCCUAGCCGCGAGGACCCCAACGUUUUUGAGAACCGCACUGUUUACCAGGCCUUGACCCAAAACGUCGACAUCUUCGGUCGUCCACCCAAGCGUUUCUACGAAGCGCUCGCCGAGUACGCCACUGAUGAGAAGGAGAAGACCGAGCUGAGAACCCUGGGAGGCCCUGAUGGUGCCACCGAGUUCAAGCGCCGCGCAGAGGUUGACACUGUCACCUUCGCUGAAAUUCUCCUCGAGUACCCCUCUGCUCACCCCGACUUCCACGAGAUUGUCCGUAUCAUCGGUCCUCUGAAGCGUCGUGAGUACUCCAUCGCCUCUUGCCAGAAGGUGACCCCCAACAGCGUCGCACUGAUGAUCGUCGCCGUCAACUGGGCCUCGCCAAGUGGUAAGGAUCGCUUCGGUCUUGCAACCCGCUACCUGAGCAGUCUCCGAGUUGGUUCUCCCAUCACCGUCAGCGUCAAGUCUAGUGUCAUGAAACUGCCACCACUAUCCACCCAACCCCUCAUCAUGGCUGGUUUGGGUACUGGCCUUGCUCCUUUCCGUGCCUUCGUGCAGCACCGUGCUCUCGAAAAGGCCCAGGGCAAGGAGAUUGGAUCCGUCCUUCUGUACAUGGGUUCGCGUCACCAGCGCGAGGAGUACUGCUAUGGUGAAGAGUGGGAAGCCUACCAAGAAGCCGGUGUCAUCACUCUGCUUGGUGCUGCUUUCUCUCGUGAUCAGCCCGAGAAGAUUUACAUUCAGGACCGCAUGCGCCAGAGUCUGGAUGCCAUUCGCAAGGCGUACAUCCAAGAGGAUGGUGCGUUCUACCUGUGUGGACCCACCUGGCCCGUGCCCGAUGUGACAGCUGUGCUUGAGGAGGCGAUUGGCGCUGAGGCCAAGGCCAACGGCAAGAAGGUUGACACCCGCAAGGAGAUUGAAAAGCUCAAGGAUGAGGAGCGUUACGUUCUGGAGGUCUACUAG